GUGCUGGGAGAAUGAAAAAAGUGACAUAAAUGGCGGAAUUGUGCUCAAGCGCCAACAUUUGUAUUUAAUUGAGAUUUAUCAUCAAAAUAAGUAAAUAUUUUCGUUCUUUAAACAUACAGCAAAUCAAUCGCGCUAACAAAUAAGUCACCAAGCAUCAAACAAAGGCUUUCAUUUAAGUGCGCGCCAUGUACAAGCGUAAAUCUGCACCUAUAGUCACGAAGCAGCGGAUCACUGCCAGCAGCAGCCCCGAAGCUGAUGACUCUACUAGUGUUAACGAUGAGAUGGAUUCUAAAGCAUAUGGCAAUUUCCGCAUAGAACUGUCGCAGGAACAACAAAAGCCGCAAAUCCAAAUGCAGCAGCAAUCACAACAAUCAGCGCAAUCCCAAUCACAGCCCAGUCAACAGCGAUGUGUGGGUUCGUUGGUGUUAUUGACCCAAAAAUUCGUAGAACUGAUGAAGCAGAAUGGUGGUUCGAUUGAUCUGAAAGAGGCCACAAAAAUCCUGGACGUGCAGAAGCGACGUAUUUACGAUAUCACCAAUGUCCUCGAGGGUAUUGGCCUGAUUGAUAAGGGCAGGCACUGCUCACUUGUUCGUUGGCGCGGAGGCGGCUUUACGAAUGCAAAGGACCGCAAGGAUUUCGAUGUUGCUCGAGAGCGCACGGAUAAUCUGAAAUCUGUGGAGGAGGACUUGGAUAAGCAAUUGGAGUACGCGCAACGGAACUUGCACUUUAUAAUGCAGGAUCCAACUAAUCAAUCGUACGCAUAUUUAACACGCGAUGACUUACUUAACAUAUAUGGUGACGAUUCCGUCUUUACUAUACCAAAUUAUGACGAAGAAGUGGAAAUUCAGCGAAAUGAUAAUGAGCUACGCUUUUCACUGGAUAAUGGCAGCACAAUAGAUAUUCGUUUGGUUACCAACCAAGGCAAAGGUACAACAAAUCCACAUGAUGCCGAUGGACCAUUUGAUGAGCGACACUUGGACAUGACACCAUCGCCACCAUCUUCGCCGUCACACUCCAGCGAUGCAGGUGGUGUAAUCGGAACUGGCAACGUCAUAAAAGAUGAACAUACCUACUCUUGUAAUCCCGAACUGAAGGAUGAGAUGAAGACCCUCGAAAAUGAACUGACUGCUAAAAUAAUAUUUCAAAACUAUAUGGCUGGCCACUCACUCAGACGAUUUUAUCCCGAUGAUCCAAAUUUAGAAAAUCCACCACUUGUGCAGCUUAAUCCACCCCAAGAAGACUUUAAUUUCGUGCUGAAAAGUGACGAAGGCAUCUGCGAACUUUUUGACGUACAUUGCUAGGCGACCAUAAGCUUAACAGCUUGCGAUUCUACGUGGCCGAGUGCGUUGUGCAAAUAUUUAAGAUUAGUAAAAUUCUGACCUUUAAUAUUGUUUUAUAUUGUAGAAAUUUUAAAUUAGAUUAAUUGUAAUGUACUUUUGGGCCAAUAAAAUUACGUCGAUACGUAACCGUGUACAACAUUAUGUACGAAUGCAUGAAAAA